UCUUUUUUUUACAGGGUAGGGAAAUGUGAUAGCGGCUGGUCUCUCCGCGCAUGCGCAGUAACAGGAACAUGCCUUGGGCACUCGCAGACUCUAUAGGGAUCCGAGCAACGUGGAGCCAGGAUAAUUAAUACCACGCCGACAAGCAUAUCCGUAACUCUGGAAGGAGCAGAGGGUCACAAGCAAGCUGCGAAUAUGGAGGAUGCAUUACAUACAAGAUUAACCAGGUCCUUGAGCAGAACAUCAUCUGCUUUGGUUAGUUUACCCAUUUGUGCGACAGACAAUGGCAGUGUUAUCCAAAUGUAUCAAUUGAGAAGGAAAACCCAAAGCAAAUGUCAGAAGAAAAGUGCCAAGGAAACUGCUUUUCAGAACAAAAAAGAUCUCACAGAAUCACAUAAAACUAGACCCAGAGGUGAUCUACAACAAGAGCAAGCUGAUACAAGAAGCAGUAAAGUCAGACAUCUUACCCUCAAGCCCCACAAGAAGAAAAAAGCAAUUUCUCGUACUUUGACAAAAUAUUCCAAUGUUACCCAAAACUACCAAAUAAGCAAAAAAACUCAAACAAGGAGUCAGAAAGUAACUGCACCAGCAGAUGCUGAAGAGUCACUCUCCAACAAAGAGCAAGAUCUUAAGAAACGAAACCCCAAACAACACCAUAAGCAGAAAAACACGGGCAUUUUAAGUUACAGCUGCACAAAAUGUAAUGGAAACUUUAGUGAUAAAUCUACUCUUACAUCUCACCAACAAACAUGUACCAAAGCUAAACAGUUAUCCUGUUCCAAAUGUAAGCUUGUUUUUAAAACCAGUAGUUCUCUAUCUAAACAUCUAAAAAUUCAUAAGAAAAAGAAUCCUUUUACUUGUGCUGAAUGUGGGAGACAUUUUGCAUAUCAGUGUCACCUCCUACUCCACCAAAGGAGACACACAGGAGAGAAGCCAUUUGUAUGUUUGGAAUGUGGGAAAAGCUUUGUUGAAAAUAGGCUACUUGCUUCACAUCAGCUCCGUCACACAGAGGAGAAAGUAUGUCCGUGUCCUGAAUGUGGCAUUAAUUGUUACAAUCAAUCACAGCUUAUUAAGCAUCAGAGAACUCAUACAAAAGAGAAACCAUUCUCGUGCUCGGAAUGUGGAAAAUCGUUUGCUCUUAACACUGAUCUUACAAUACAUCAAAGAAGCCACACAGGAGAAAAACCAUUUUCGUGUUCUGAAUGUGGGAAAUGUUUCACCAGCAGUUCACACCUGGCUGGACAUAAGAGAGCACACGCCAAACUGUAUGAAUGCUCUCAGUGUGGAAAAGGUUUGACCACUAAUAGGGGUUUGAUUCAACAUAUGGGUGUGCACUCUGGCGAAAGACCAUAUAAAUGUCCUGAAUGUCAAAAAUCUUUUAUAAGUACAUCAGCCUUAAGAAAACAUGAACGAGUUCACACUGGAGAAAAACCAUAUGUAUGUCCUGAAUGUGGAAAAUGUUUUUCCAUGAAACCAAGUUUAGAUAAACAUGUCAGAUGGCACACUGGUGAGAAACCCUUUGUUUGUCCUACGUGUGGAAAACGUUUUGGAUCGAAAUCUCAUCUUCAAACACAUACUAAUGUUCACACUGGUGAGAAGCCGUUUGCAUGUUCUGAAUGUAAAAAAAGUUUUAAAUGUAAUUCUUCUCUAUGGAGACAUAAGUUGAGACAUACUGGAGAGAAAUCCUAUAUAUGUUCUGACUGUGGAAAAAAGUUUUUUUGCAAACAAGAUUUAGAUCGACAUAUGUUACAACACAAAGACAAGCCAUUUGCUUGUUCUGAAUGUGAGAAGCAUUUUGUGUCUGAAGCCCACCUCAGGAGACAUCAGAUGAGUCAUGUAAACGUGAAAUCAUUCUCCUGUUCUGAAUGUGGGAAUGCAUAUACCAGUGAGAAAAUUCUUAUGAUUCACCAGAGAAUUCAUACAGGAGAGAAACCAUAUCAGUGUUUGGAGUGUGGAAAAUAUUUUCGUUACACAUCGAGUCUUCGCUCACAUAGAAAAAUUCAUACUACUGAAAAGCCGUUUUCGUGUUCUGAAUGUGGGAAGAGUUUUACACGUAAGGGAAGUCAUAUUGCACAUCAAAGAACUCACACUGGAGAGAAGCUGUACUUUUGUUCUGAAUGUGGAAAGGGCUUCAAUAGGAAAAGUGCACUUGUCACACAUUUGACUUAUCACACUGGAGAGAAAGCAUUUGAAUGUUCAGAGUGUGGGAAACUUUUCCCCAAUAACCAACUUCUUGUGAACCACAAACGAGUUCACGCUGGUUUGAAAGCAUAUAAGUGUUCUGAAUGUGGAAAGUGCCUUAGUUCCCGCCGAAAUCUCCUCAUACAUGAGAGAACUCAUACAGGAGAGAAACCAUUUCCAUGUCCAGAAUGUGGGAAACGCUUUACUUGUAGUAGUAACUUAGCUAUGCAUGAGAAAUCCCAUACAGGAGAGAGGCCAUUCAAAUGUACAGAGUGUGGGAAAAGUUUUAUCUAUAGAUUACGUCUGGUUGAACAUAUGAGAAGACACACUGGAGAAAAGCCAUUCUCAUGUUCGGUUUGUGGGAAAUCCUUUUUCACUAGGUAUAGUUUUGUUGUACAUGAGAGAAGUCACACAACAUAAACCAUUUUUGUGCUCUGAUGGAAGGAUGUCUUAUUUUCAGCCCUGUUUCUAAGAAGAUAUGGAAGGAUUCACACUGUGAGCAAAUUAUAUGCAUGUUCUGAUUGAGGAAUACGUCAAGUAGAGUUUCCUUUCUAAUAAUUUAAAGGGACAAGAUGAGCACUAUUACCUGGAAUCAUACCAGGGUUAUGAUGCUUGGAGUAACCUUUUAACUAGUGUUUUCUUACUGAAUAUGUUUAUAUAAAUUUUUUUUAUUCCAUAAUCGGAUUUUUGCAGGAUGUUUUAUUUAGUGUGAUUUAUUUUUU